AUGACGCAGCAAAUAAGGACCGAGUUCUUGAAUGCCACGCAGGAUGCAUUUGGACACCUGGAGUACGGUGUGAUUGGUGGCACCGCCUUAGCGGAAUAUGGCAACGUGCGGACGACGUCAGAUCUAGAUGUCAUGGUUCCGCACAAUAUAAUAGAUGUAGUAGAGGGUCAUUUACUCCGCCAUGGGAUGGUUCGCACGGCAGAGCGAGGAAUAGGCUAUCUAGCUUCCGAUGGGAAUUGCUAUGGUCUCGACAUCACAUCAGACAGAGCUCUUGGCCAGACAUUCCGAACGACACGAACUCAACAUCGGGUCAUGCCCGUCGACUUCCUCUUGAACUCAAAAGCCUACUCGUAUAUAACCCGCGUUGGCCCUGACAUGCAGCAGAAAAAGGCAAGCGACGCGCAGGAUAUAAUUUUUCUCCUGGAUUAUAUGAGAAGAAACGACCACGUUCCAGAUAGACAGCAUUGCCGAUGGGUCGUUGACCAUGACUUCUGGACUGCAUUUUGUGGCAGUUAUCGUGGUGCAGAGGAGCGUUUUCAGAGACUUGGUUUGCAGAGAGAUCCAACACCUAGUGCGAGCAACCGUGGGACGAGGAAUUCAAGCAUGGAGAUCCGUCGAACUAGUAGGAGUAGUAGUAACCAUUGA